AUGGGAGCAUGGGAUUCUUCACCCCUCAAAAGCUUCACAUACACCGGUCUUUGUCCCGCUCAGCAAGUUGAAGAAAGCGAGAGGGAGAAUGAAGCCAGUGAUGACAAGCAGCCCCACUGGAUCCGAGGCGUGCACAUCUGUGCCGCAUUGUCCAGCUCCGUCCUCUUAGUAAAUCUCAUCCUUUUGAUCAUCGCAAUCGUCCUGUCGCGAAGGAUUGACGACAACGCGGGCCUCUCCAGUGGCGAUGUAAUAUACGACGGGAGCUGCUCGAUUUCGAAACGAUGGGACACCGCGCUGCACUUACUCAUCAACGUGCUAAGCACGACAAUUAUCGCGGCCAGCAACUAUACAAUGCAGACACUUGUCGCGCCGAGUCGAGAGGAGGUCGAUCGGGCACAUGGUAAAGGGCAAUGGCUCGAUAUCGGGACGCCGAGCACGAGGAACUUGUUCGUUGUUGGGUCUUACAGGGUCUGGCUGUGGGUUGUUUUGUUGGUUACUGCUACACCGUUUCAUUUGCUGUACAACUCGGUCGUUUUCGGUGCGAUCGGGACGAACGAAUACAGUGUUGUCCUGGCCCCUAGCGAUCUGGGUCUUGCCGACGCACGGAACUACACAACGCCGGGCCUUGAGUCAUGCUUCAAUGCGACGGGGAUGUCUUGGGGGACGUUUACAGAGCACCUCUCGAACGGCACAUACAGAAGGGUAGAUGCGGAUGAGUGUUUCGACCUCACAAUGGCAACACGGUCGCACGGCAUGCGCACAGUCGUAGGGCUUUCCGAUGAGCUGUCUGUGCAGAAUGGCGGCGAUUUUGCGUUUCUGAACGGGUGGACGGGGACAGUCGUUGGGCGUCUGCCGGUGCAGACACGAGGAGCAUUCUUCUCAAAUCGGACAUGGGCCUUUACGCUACCUACCAUGGAUGGGGCUGACAGCCCUGUUUACAGUAGGUUCAACUUUACGUUGUCGGACUGCCUGAGUGCGAACAUUAUUAGUGGCGAAACGGCGUGCGCUGAUGGUGAUCAACUGGCGACGUGGCUUGCAAGGACGUACCCGCAGACGCUGGACAAUGUCACGGCGUACAUUGGCGAUGAGCUCGCGACACCUAUAGCUGCUCAGCUGGACACGCUGACCUGCGAAUAUGAAGGGGGCGAGUACUACGCGACGAAUGGCUGCUUGAUCCUUGAGACGGAGGACCGGUGUAAACUCGUCUACAACCUCCCUCUCUGUAUCGUGGUCAUCGCAGCGGCAGCGGUCAAAAUAGCCGCCAUGUUCCUAGCCGCACGACUGAAUCAAAACCGCACGCCACCAUUACUUACUGUCGGCGAUGCAGUAGCCUCGUUCAUGGGUGAGCCAGAUCCAACAACCCUAGGCCGAUGCUGGAUUACACGACACGAUGUCCGCGAUGGAACAUGGAGCUCCCCCUCCAGAAGCGGCGGACAGAAACUACGACCUCGCGGGCUCUGGAUCCAGGCAGCCAGUUUCCGGCGAUGGAUGAUAACAUUGCUCUCCUGCGGCGCCACAAUUGGCGUGGGCAUCUAUCUCCUCCUCGUGGCUACGGAAUACCUCGGUUCACUCAGCACCUGGUGGACAGACUACGGCUUUGGCGAGUACUCGAAGGACACCUACCCAUCAGUCGACCUCGAGCGGCUGGCCUCAGCGCCCGCACUCGCCACGGUUCUCGUUGCAAACACUCCGCAGUUCGCUGUCACGGUCAGCUACUACUUUUACAACAAUGUCCUCACGACCAUGCUCGCCUCGGCAGAAUACGACUCCUAUGGCGUACGGCGCGCCGGACUGCGCGUUUCAUGGCCGAAGAAGAAUACCUCCCAGCGCUCGACAUACUGGCUGAGCAUCCCGUAUAAAUACUGCGUCCCGCUGUUAGUCACGUACAUGGCGCUACACUGGACGGUCUCGCAGAGUCUAUUCUACGUCCUCAUCGUCCCCUACGGCCCGGACCUCCAAAUCGAUUCCAGCGGUGCCGCAAGCAGCCUUGCAUACUCGCCGGUUGCGAUCCUUGUCUCGAUUAUUCUUGGCGGGGUUAUGGUCACUGGAUUAUUGAUUAUGGCACUCUUCCGGAGGUACAGGUCUGUCUUGCCGCUGGCAGGGAGCUGUAGUAUCGCGAUCAGCGCCGCGUGCCAUGUAGGGUCUGAUGAGGAUCCGGCCACAGCUGCGAUGGGGGAGGUAAUGUGGGGUGUGACAAGCGCGUUUCCGGCUGGGGUCGAGGCGCCGGCUGGAGUUGGGCACUGUAGCUUCUCUUCUGAGGAGGUUGAACGGACUGAUAUGGAGAGGUCCUAUAUGUGA